UCGAGCAAAGCAAAGGAGAAGAAACAGAAGCGGUUGGAGGAGCGAGCAGCCAUGGAUGCUGUCUGUGCCAAAGUGGACGCCGCCAACAGGGUUAAAUGUCUCCAUUGAAUGUAAGCGAGUGUCUGGCCUGGAGCCGGCCACCGUGGAUUGGGCCUUCGACCUGACCAAGACCAAUAUGCAGACCAUGUAUGAGCAGAGCGAGUGGGGCUGGAAGGACAGAGAGAAACGCGAGGAAAUGACGGAUGACCGAGCCUGGUACCUCAUCGCUUGGGAAAACAGUUCGGUUCCCGUAGCCUUUUCUCACUUCCGGUUUGACGUGGAGUGCGGGGAUGAAGUCCUGUACUGCUAUGAAGUGCAGCUGGAGAGCAAGGUGCGGCGGAAAGGCCUGGGGAAGUUCCUCAUACAGAUCCUGCAGCUCGUGGCCAACAGCACACAGAUGAAGAAAGUUAUGUUAACGGUAUUUAAGCACAAUCAUGGUGCCUACCAGUUCUUCAGAGAAGCGCUGCAGUUUGAAAUCGACGACUCUUCCCCAAGCCUGUCCGGUUGCUGUGGGGAGGACUGCUCCUAUGAGAUCCUGAGCCGGAGGACCAAGUUUGGGGACAGCCAGCACUCCCAUUCGGGUGGGCACUGUGGUGGCUGCUGCCACUGAACUCCCAAGCUCUCUCCAAGGCCUGUUCUCUCCCCGGUUUCAAGCCGCUUGCCAGGUGCCCUCAGAGCUGUGGCCUCCUCAGCCC